AUGUCUACCUACCAAGACACAUCCAACGAACGCGACGCCCUCCUGGCCGCCCUCCUGGAACAGACGGACCUACUGAACGCGCACCCUGAAGAGGCCGAUAUCAUCAGCAAGGCGAUGGAUGACAUCGAAGAGCAACUUGCAGCCUUGGAACAGGAGGAAUCCCAGGACCUCCAGGCUGGUCUAUCCCCAGCACUCGAGACGUUUACUAGCCCUCAGCUGCAGACUGAUGGAUUCUCAUGCCCCCCGAGCCCCGGUGGAGACGCUGAUGACAGUGACAGUAACACUGACAUGGAUGAUAGCGACAGUGCUGAGGACGAGCUGAACGACCAUCUCCGUGAGAGAUUCUGCAGCCAUGAGUGCGACCAUGAGUCGUGCCGACUUGCCAACGAACAUUGGUAUGGUUGCAAGUCCCAACUCCAGGAUGAUUGUGAUCGCGAGGAUGCUUGA